ACCGCCACCACCGCCGCCGCCACCAGGAGCAGCGGCGGCGGCGGCGCCGGCCAAGCCCAGUUGGGAUGUAAGUUAGAGGCCACUCAGGGUCUUGGUGAGAGUCAUGGAAAGUGCUUGGUCCCUGUUUGCAUGUGUGGGUGUCCCUGAGUGCAGGUUUUGGG